AUGUCAUUAGCUGAAGCCCAACAACUUUCCCUAACAGUUGCAAAGCUCAGCCUGAGCACCACUGACUAUAAUUCCUGGGUCAGCGGAUUAGAACAAGGCAUCUCCAGCAUCAACCCUAAGUACUGGUCAAUCCUCGCAGGUGAUGUUGACUAUCCAGCCGAGCCAGAAUGCAUCUACUACACCAGGGAAGAGGCCUACUUUGCCGUUGCAAUGACCGAAUAUUCAAGAGUAGGAUUUGCGACUGACGCUCAACCCAUCUCCGAAAAGGUGAACCAAUUCAUCUCCUCCAAUCGUGACCACAACAAGCUCCUCCUCGCACAAUACAAAGUUCGACUCAGAGAAUUCGAAGAGCUAAAUUACAAGGCGCGGAUACUCCUUGAAGUAACCCUCGAGAGGGAUCAGUCUGCCAUGAUCUCAUGCAUCUUCGGAGCACGCUCUGCAUUCUUGGUACUGGAUGGCUACAAAGACAGGUAG